AUUUUCUCGCAUCUCUAUUUAGACCAUACAGAACCAGUGCUGGAAAGGGCUGUUUAGUGCUUUCAGUGUUAUUUUUAGUCUAGUAUUCUUUGCAAAAUAGGUUAGGAACAAGCUUGGAACAGCUCCCCCUCACACUUCAUUCCACAACUAACAACGACUCGAUCGGACUGGCUGAAAACUCGAUGCGAAAUCAGAAAGUACAAAAUACAUAGGUAAAAAUUCAAAGUAGACGAUGUCCAGGACCAUGGGCAGGGCAGUGAACGUGUACUCAACGAACGUAACCUCCGACAAUCCGUCGCGCCACGAUAUGCUCUCCUGGGUGAACCGGCACCUGGAGGCGCAGUUCACCAAGGUCGAGGAGCUCUGCACCGGAGCGGCCUACUGCCAGUUCAUGGACAUGAUGUUCCCCAGCUCGGUGCCGAUGAAGCGCAUCAAGUUCCGCACCAACACCGAGUACGACUUCUUGCAGAACUUCAAGAUACUGCAGAUCAGCUUCAAGAAGGUAUCAGUGGACAAGGUGAUCCCGAUAGACAAGCUGGUCAAGGGCCGGUUCCAGGACAACUUUGAGUUCCUGCAGUGGUUCCGGAGAUUCGUUGACGCCAACUACGACGGCCACGUUUACGACGCCCUCAGCGCCCGGAACGGGGCUGCCAUGGGCUACGGUUCGAGCUUCGUGGGCUCCAAGACCCCAAGGGUCCUGUCGCCAUGUCCCACGAGUCGGGUCGUUGACACAUUCGACAUAACACACGCUGCCAAGCGCCCUCGGCCGGAGAUCGACCAGGAGAACAGGGACCCAGUGCCGCGCCGCGCCGCCAAGGAGCCGGCCGUGAACCCCAUGGCGGAGUUCACCAGGCUGAGCACCCUGUGGCAGGGUCUGGAGAAGGACAGGGACUUCUAUUUCUCGAAACUCCGUGACAUCGAAAUCCUGUGCCAAGAAGACUGCAGCCAGCACACCGCAAAGACUAUCUCAGAGAAGAUCCUCGAUAUUGUUGCCGCCGCCGAUGCGGCAGCCGGCUUGGGCUGUGGCGCCACUUCCAGCCCGGAUUCCGCCCGCUAGUAGGUGCGCCGGCAUGCAACGGAUGUGCCACCAAGUCAGCGUCUAAUAAAGAGUGGCACACUGAAAGCGCUGAUGAAGUUUAUUGCAUUAUGUAAGACAUAUAUAUUCCCACACACACGAUAAGCCCGAAAGACCAACCAACCAGCAGCCAUUCAUGGAGUCAUGAAUCAGUCAUGAGAGUCAUGAGAGGAGUCAUGGAGAUUAUGAAUCUCCAUUCAAACCGCGUAACGUGUCUAAAGGGGUUUUCAUUUAUUUUUGUAAUUUUGCAUGUGAAUAAAAGAAACUGCCAUGUCGAGCACCACUUUGUGCUCCAGAA